ACAGGAAGAUCACACCAUCCCUCACCUUCAUCAUCAGCAUUAUGAACAGAGGUAUCUGAAAGUUAAGGUUAAAGAGGAAGAAGAGGAGACUGGUUAUCAGGAGUCUAUGGGGGAAGCAUGGAUGUUGGUGAGCCCUAAAGAGGAGGAACCUUCUCUAGAUAUCAGCACAGAUGGAUCCAGUAAUGGGAACCCACCAGAGAGAUGUCCCCGUCCUCUGGAUUUCUGGGAUUCCACACUGGAAGAUCACACCAUGCCUCAGCAAGAAGAGGAUGAAGACCCUAUAGACAUCAAAGUUGAGGUUAAAGAGGAAGAAGAAGAGACGUUGGUGAGUGGACAUCAACAGUCUAUGGAGAAGGGGGAGAUUAUUAUGAAACGUAUACAGGAGGAAUCUUCUCUACAUAUGGACACAAAUGGACACUGUGUAUGGAAUAUGAAUACCUCAGAUGGACACUGUGUACGGAAUAUGAACACCUCAGAUGGACACUGUGUACAGAAUAUGAACACCUCAGAUGGACACUGUGUUCAGAAUAUGAAUACCUCAGAUGGACACUGUGUUUGGAAUAUGAAUACCUCAGAUGGACACUGUGUACGGAAUAUGAACACCUCAGAUGGACACUGUGUACAGAAUAUGAACACCUCAGAUGGACAUUGUGUAUGGAAUAUGAAUACCUCAGAUGGACACUGUGUACAGAAUAUGAAUACCUCAGAUGGACACUGUGUACAGAAUAUGAAUACCUCAGAUGGACACUGUGUACGGAAUAUGAAUGUCUCAGAUAGAGAUCUUAUUUUAUUUCCAGAUUAUGAACAAGAUAAUGGGACAUCACAACAAUUCCCAACAACAAAUUCCUUUGGUCAAAGACCUUACUAUGUGGCAAGAUCUAUGGCUCCUUCGAAUCCUGAGGAAUCCCCUCAUUAUUCACAUAAUAUGACUUCAGAUAUUCAUCCAAAAUCUCCCAGUGUGGAUAGAUCAACAGAUCCCUCUAAUUCCAAGGAGUCUCCUUUAAACUACGAAGGAGUUCAUAUAGGAGACAAUUCAUUGUCAGGUUUAGACUGUGGGAAAUCUUUCACUGACAACAGAGCACUUCUUAGACACCAGAGAACUCACACACAUGAACAUCCUAUUUCCAUUUCCAGUGAUGGGAAAUGUUUCAAUAUGAAAGGAAAACUUAUUACGCACCAGGGAAUUCAUACAAGUGAGCUUCCUUUAUCCUGUGCAGAGUGUGGGAAAUGUUUCCAUCGAAAGGGGGACCUUUUGAAACACCAGAGAACUCACACAGGUGAGCGUCCUUUAUCCUGUUCAGAGUGCGGGAAAUAUUUUGCUCAAAAAGGAGACCUUUUGAAACACCAGAGAACUCACACAGGUGAACGUCCUUUUUCCUGUUCAGAGUGCGGGAAAUGUUUCACUCAGAAAGGAAUCCUCCUUAUUCACCAGAGAACUCACACAGGUGAGCGUCCUUUUUCCUGUUCAGAGUGCGGGAAAUGUUUUGCACACAGAGAGGGCCUUUUUAUACACCAGAGAAUUCACACGGGUGAACGUCCUUUUUCCUGUUCAGAGUGCGGGAAAUGUUUCACAGAGAGAGGAGGCCUUCUUAGACACCAGAGAAUUCACACAGGUGAGCGUCCUUUUUCCUGUUCGGAUUGUGGGAAAUGUUUCUCUCAGAAAGCAGACCUUCUUCGACACCAGAGAAUUCACACAGGUGAGCGUCCUUUUUCCUGUAAGGAGUGCGGGAAAUGUUUUACAGAGAGAGGAGGCCUUAGUAGACACCAAAAAAUUCACACAGGUGAGCGUCCAUUUUCCUGUUCUGAGUGUGGGAAAGGCUUCAUUGUGAAGGAAAAACUUCUUAUACACCAGAGAACUCACACUGGUUAGCACCCUUUUUCCUUAUCCAAGUUUUGGAAAUCUUUCAAUGAGAAAGCAAAACUUCUUUUACACCAGAAAUGUCGCACAGGUGUGCACCAUUUUGAAUGUUCAGAGUGCAGGAAAUGUUUCAUGCAGAAAGAAGACCUUCCAACACACCAGAAAAUUCACAUGGGCGUGCAUUCAUUCUUCUGUUUGGAGUGUGGGAAAUUCACACAAAUGAAUUUACUUUUUCAUGUUUUUCUUCGAAAGAAACCCUGGUUGGACACCAGAAAAUUCAGUGCUGUAAAGUAAGACACAUU